AUGCUCAAGUCAAAAUGGGCAACCCAACCUAACGAGGUGGAGCAACCAGCAGCAGCGCCCGAGGUCAGUGUCGCUCAACCAGAACCAGCGCCAGCACAGAUCGACAGCACGUCCUAUGACCCCGCUUUCGACGAUCCGUCAAUAGAUCCAUUCGCUCAAACAGCAAGCACAGACGACCUCUUCUUCGACGACGACAUCACGCCUAUCGCCGAACCAGUCGUUGAGCAGAACUCCAUCGAGCUACAGGCUUCCGCCGCCGCAUUCGUUCCCGAGGAAGUACAACCGCCGACUGCACCGCAAGCACAUCUCGCCCCGCAUGCACCUCGUGAGCCAAGGAACGCCGAUAGAGGUCGCGGCCGUGGAAGAGGAAGGGGCCGUGGACGAGGCCGCGGCGGACACAACACCGAUAUUCGACUAGAAGAAAAUGGCAAGAAGGCCUCCGAGGCGCCCAAGGAAGCUGCGCCGACUGCCGCUGCCGCCGCAGAUGUCGCAGACUCCUCAGCCCCUCCUUCUGCACCAACCGAGCCCAAGGAGAAGACCACGCACGCCGUGCGCGGAGACAGAGGCCUGACUGGUGGACCUGCACGUACGCGCCUGACAGAAGAGGAGCUCAACACGAAGCUAGCCAACAUGCGCAUUAAGAAUGAAGCCCGUCAGAGCGCCCAUGCUCGCGCCGAGGCUGACAAGGGCAAUUUCGAGGCACGAGAAGCUGUCAUGCAGAAGCAGGAUAUAGAGCGCAAGAAGGCUCUUGCGGAGAAGCAGAAGGCAGAGCGCCAGAGUCGCCAACAGAUGAUGGGAGAACGUGAGAAGAACCGUCAGCGCAAGCUCAAUGCUCAAAUGGGCAGGGAGUGGGACUUCGAGAAAGAAGAUGGCUUCUCUGGCACUGGAGACGAGAAGCGACGAGGCGCUGCACGUGGCGCGCAUGGUGGCAUCGCACCCUCGAGACCAGUCGACAACGGCUACAACGGAGGCGAAGAUUACCAUGAAACUUCUGCACAGUCUAGUCGCGGACGAGGUAGAGGCAGAGGCCGUGGCAGCAGGGGUGGCCGUGGCGACUUCCGAGGCUCCGAUGAGAGGCCAGCAAACACUCGGGAAAAGCGCGAUAACGUUGCGCCUUCAGCAUCAGAAUUCCCAGAACUACCCUCGGCCAAGGGCAAGGCACCCGGAGAGGUCAAAGAGAAGGUGAAGGAGACAGACGAUUUUGGCCUCCCAUCGCCUAUGGAGAAGGGCCGCAGCUGGGCUGACGAGGUCGGCUCGUAG